GUCUCCGCCCACGUCGCCAUUUUGCGCUGUGAGCGCCGGCUCAGUCCCGCUCAGUACGGAGUCAGCCCCUGUCAGGUCGCAUCGUCCAUUGGUGGGUGUGCGCCCGCCCAGAGCCGCCCGCUACCUGCCCUCUGGACCCCAGCCUAGCUUACCCCUUCCCCGAGCAGGAUGGCGGCGGAUUAACCCGCGGAGCCAAGUCCCGGACUGUACAAGAAGCCGCGCAGCACUGGAAGUCUGAAGGCUGGAGAGUCUGGCCCAGGAUGAGGCAGCAUCCCAGCAUGCACUGCAGCCGGUCACAAGCCCCGUAUUGGAGUAUCGCGAGAAAGCAGAGUCUGCUAGACGCGCCACAAUGGAGUCCUGUCCUCCUCGGAGGCAGAUGCUGGCCUCGGACAUAUUGACCAGCGCCAACCCGCCCAUGUCUCCAGACUCCAGUGGGGAGCUGUCUCCAUUUGACCUAUCUGGAGACUUAGGGGACAUGUGCCCGGGCUCCCCCACCGAUGAUGGACUGGAUGGGAACCAGCUGGACAGUUCAGCGGGACAGAAGUGGGACAAUCACACAGAGAUUGCCGAGCAGGCCAAACAUGAAGCGGAGAUUGAGAAUAGAAUAGCAGAGCUACGGAAGGAGGGCUUCUGGACUCCGCGACGCCUAUCAAAGUUUCCAGAACCCACUCGUCCUAAAGUGCUUUGGGACUAUUUGUGUGAAGAGAUGCAAUGGCUGGCUGCGGACUUCGGCCAAGAAAGACGCUGGAAGAGGGGUGUGGCCAGGAAGGUUGUCCGGAUGGUGGUUCGUCACCACGAGGAGUUGAAGCAGAAGGAGGAGAGAGCCCGGAGAGAAGAGCAGGCCAAGCUGAGGCGCAUCGCCACCUCCAUUGCUAAGGAAAGUGCGGCAGUUCUGGAGUACGUGGAGAAGGUGGUGCAGUUUAAGCAGCAGUCCCGUCUGGAGGAGAAAAGGAAGAAGGCCUUGGACCUGCAGCUGGACUUUAUUGUUGGCCAGACAGAGAAAUAUUCCGACCUUCUCAGCCAAAGUCUAAGUGAAACUAUUCCUGUCAGCAAGACCAGCUCCUCGUGUGUUGGCUCAUCCCAGGGAGGCUCGCUUCGGACCAGUCCGGCCCCAUCCAUCUGCCGGAAAGCAGCAGAUGGAGAUGGUGACUUUCUACCUCAUGAAUCUGAAGAUGAAGAGGAGGAUGAUGAAGCGACUAUAGAGAUAGAGGAGCAGCAGGAGGGGAAUGAUGCAGAGGCUCAUCGUCUGGAGCUAGAACUCCUCAAGCGGGAGAGCGAGCUUUCUCUAGAUGAGCUGCUGCAGAACCUGCCUCCCGAGGUCCUACAGGAUGACUCUCUCAUGCAGGUAUUGAAGAAGGCAACAGAGGAGGAGGAAGAAGAGCAAGUGGAGGAGGAAGAUGAUGAGUUCACAGCAAAUGAGGAUGAAGCUGAGGAUGAGGAGGACACGAUUGCGGCAGAGGAGGAGAUGGCUGGACAGCAGGAUCAUGCCGAGGAGCUCUCCCAGCUGGCUAGAGACGGGGAGAUGUCUUAGACGAAGCUACUACUGAAAUACUCUGUGCUGCCAUCAGAGGCCUGAGAGCCCUAGUCAGAGUGAGCAUGACAGUGCGGGCAACCCAGGAGGAGUAUGGAUCUUCAGAUUGGGACUCUUCAGACCGAUGAAUCGGAAGGAGUGGAGUUUCUUCUCAAACUGGAUGCCGAGGAGCCGGUGGGUGCCCGCCCUGCAGCACGAGCCGCCCGAGCCAAGAAAGAAAUCACUGAUAUCGGCACCGCCGAAUCUCUACAGCCAAAGGGAUACACAUUGGCCACCACUCAGGUGAAGACUGCGGUUCCGUUUCUCCUGCACGAGCUCCGGGAGUAUCAGCACAUCGGCCUGGAAUGGCUGGUGACUAUGUAUGAGAAGAAGCUGAAUGGGAUUUUGGCAGAUGAGAUGGGGCUUGGGAAAACCAUUCAGACCAUCUCCCUGCUGGCUCAUCUGGCCUGUGAACGUGGUGAGUGGGGCCCUCAUCUGAUUAUCGUUCCUACCAGUGUCAUUUUAAACUGGGAAAUGGAGUUGAAACGUUGGUGCCCCAGUUUCAAAAUACUCACUUAUUAUGGCUCUCAGAAAGAACGUAAACUUAAAAGACAGGGAUGGACUAAAGCCAACGCUUUCCACGUGUGCAUCACCUCGUACAAGCUGGUUCUACAAGAUCACCAGGCCUUCCGCAGGAAGAACUGGAAGUAUCUGAUCCUGGACGAGGCUCAGAACAUCAAGAACUUUAAGUCUCAGCGCUGGCAGAGCCUGCUGAACUUCAACAGUCAGAGGCGGCUGCUGCUCACCGGGACGCCGCUGCAGAACUCGCUGAUGGAGCUGUGGUCGCUCAUGCAUUUCCUCAUGCCACACGUCUUCCAGUCUCACCGAGAGUUUAAGGAAUGGUUUUCGAAUCCCUUGACGGGCAUGAUUGAGGGGAGCCAGGAGUACAACGAGGGUCUAGUGCGCCGACUGCACAAGGUUCGGGGCCUUUUCCUCCUCCGCAGGAUUAAGCAGGAUGUGGAGAAGCAGAUGCCCAAAAAAUACGAGCAUGUUAUCUACUGUCGCCUGUCCAAGCGACAACGCUUCCUGUACGAUGACUUCAUGGCACAAGCAGCGUGAGACGCGGAGACUCUGGCCAGCGGCCAUUUCAUGAGUGUCAUCAACAUCCUCAUGCAGCUCCGCAAAGUGUGUAAUCAUCCCAAUCUGUUUGACCCGCGCCCGAUCCACUCGCCCUUUAUCACCAGCGGCAUCUGCUAUACGGUCCCUUCCUUGGUUCUUCAUGCUCGGCAGCGCCACCCACUCGAGCAUAUAGACAUGUCUUUGUUUGACCUCAUUAACAUGGAGGGGCAGGUAAGUCGAUAUGAGCGGGAUGUUUUCCUGCCCCACUACAAGCAGUCGCGCCCCCUGAUCCAAGAGAUUUCAGAAUCACCGGAGCCGCCUCCUAGACCGCGGCCACUCAAGAUGAAGGUGAACAGAAUGCUGCCGCCUGUUAAGUCCGAAUCGCGCUCUGUCGUUGUAGUCAACAAUUCUCAGCCCAUGCGGAAGUCUCCGGAUGUGCUCCCCGCCCCCCAGCCAGUGGCCCCGAUCGCUGGUCCUCUGACUCCACCGCCCAUACCUGUGCCGAAGGGACCCCGGUGUCCAACGGCGGCAGGGAGGUCUGUUCCGUUCCAGAGCGCUCAGUCUGUGUGCAGCGCCCCCCAGAGGCUCAUACUGACCCCCGACAUGCAGGCGCGGCUGCCCUCCGGAGAAGUAAUUAGCCUGGCACAGUUGGCAGCACUCGGUGGACGCCCCCUUCAGAGUCAGUCUGUCACAAAGCCUCUCACUCUGCAGCUGCAGGGCACCAAACUGACAUUGACUGGUGCUCCGGUGCGGCCCCUCGGAGUGGCUCAGCCGCGGCCCAUGCAGGGUAAUGUGCUUCACCUCGUCUCGUCUGGUGGCCAACAUCAUCUGCUCAGCCAGCCGGCGCAGCUCGCUCUCAUCCAAGCCUUGGCACAGCAGGCAGCAUCGCCUGCCCAGCCAGUUCCUCAGUUGGUGCAGAACAGUGCCCAGGGGCAGAUUGGGGUCCAGGCGCUGUCGGUGCAGUCUCUCCAGCACACGCUGCCUUCUCCUGGCCAAGCGCCAGCCACGGGUGUGGUGAAGAUUGUGGUGAGACAAUCUAGCAGAGAGGUUCCAGCAGCUCCUCAGCGCCAUCCUGUUGGGCCCCCUAUGCGUCCUCUUCUCAGAGUUGUUCCUGGCCCUUCUACAGAGCGCGAGGGACCUGGCGAGCAGCGAGCAGCUCCAGUUGUUUCCACCUCCACCCUGACUCUGACCACCAGCCCUCUGCUUAUGAUGUCCAGCCCAACGCUGACUGCCAGGCUCCCCUCCCCCAGUCCUGGGCAGCCUAGUAUGGAGGAGUCCCCGGGCCCUGCUGUGUCCAGUGUAGCUCUGCGGCUCUUGACCACUUCUGCAGCUGUGCAGCUGACCAACCACCACUCGCCGCCUCCUAGGCACACGCAGAGCCCUGCACUUCCCAACUGCUCUCCUACUGCCAGCCACAUCACCAACUGCACCUCCACACUAGCCGGAGCUACAGAAAUGGCACCUUGUCCUGCUGCCUUAAAACUGGGGCACGCUCCAGAUGGCGCUGGUAGCCCCCUAGACGUACAAUCUGUACAAAAUGGUAAUUGUACCUCUGUCCCAGCCUCCACCACAGCUGCAGACGGUGCCCUGUAUGUCAAUCUCAUCCCAAACCCUCCUUCUCCAACUCCUAGCCUCCCCAAAAUGGCUGCUGCCACCCCCACAUACAACCUGAGUUUAGUGCCUGCUCUUCUGGCAAACCCCUCUGCCACCACGGUGUCCAGCUCUUACCCUAUCCCGGCUCGUUUCCUCACCAGUCCAGUAUCUCUGCUUACACUCUCUGCUCUCCCUUCCAGCAACAGUGGGCCCAGCCCUGUCCUGUACACCCCACCCCAGUGCCCGCCUCAGUGUCUGCCUCUAUACCCUUACUGGCAGCGCCAGUCUCGUUUACAGCUCCGCUCCGUGUCCCCCAACACCCAUAGUUCAUUUUCUGCUUCGCUGCCUGAGACUUCAUCCCAGCCCCCGCGGACAGUCGUGUCUACUCAGUCACCUUUAAUGCCCGUACCAGGUCCUGGUAAUCUGUCAGCUCCGACCACCGCUCCUCCCAUACCUGUGCAGUCUAUGCCAAUUCCCGCGGCCGCCCCCUUCCCUGUGCUGUCUGCCCCGGCUCCUGCGGCCGCCCCCUUCCCUGUGCAGUCUAUGCCAAUUCCUGCGGCCGCCCCCUUUCCUGUGCUGUCUGCCCCGACUUCCGCAGCCGCCCCCUUUCCUCUGCUGUCUGCCCCGACUUCCGCGGCCGCCCCCUUUCCUGUGCUGACUUCCGCGGCCGCCCCCUUUCCUGUGCUGACUGCCCCGACUUCCGCGGCCGCCCCCUUUCCUGUGCUGACUGCCCCGACUUCCGCGGCCGCCCCCUUUCCUGUGCUGACUGCCCCGGCUUCCGCGGCCGCCCCCUUUCCUGUGCUGACUGCCCCGGCUCCUGCGGCCGCCCCCUUCCCUGUGCUGUCUGCCCUGGCUCCCGCGGCCGCCGCCUUCCCUGUGCUGACUGCCCCGGCUUCCGCGGCCGCCCCCUUCCCUGUGCUGACUGCCCCGGCUUCCGCGGCCGCCCCCUUCCCUGUGCUGUCUGCCCCGACUUCCGCGGCCGCCCCCUUCCCUGUGCUGACUGCCCCGGCUUCCGCGGCCGCCCCCUUCCCUGUGCUGACUGCCCCGGCUUCCGCGGCCGCCCCCUUCCCUGUGCUGACUGCCCCGGCUCCUGCGGCCGCCCCCUUCCCUGUGCUGUCUGCCCCAGCUCCUGCGGCCGCCCCCUUCCCUGUGCUGACUGCCCCGGCUCCUGCGGCCGCCCCCUUCCCUGUGUUGACUGCCCCAGCUCCUGCGGCCGCCCCCUUCCCUGUGCUGUCUGCCCCAGCUCCUGCGGCCGCCCCCUUCCCUGUGCUGUCUGCCCCAGCUCCCGCUACCUUAUUAACGGCCACAGCUGGGUUACUGGCCUCAGAUUCUGCCUCGGUGCCUCUGCUCGAAGCCUCUCCAUCUGACUCUGUGCCACCUUUGGUACUUAACACGUCUCUUAAAUUGCCGUCUGUAGCCUCUUCUCCCAUGCCUUUGUUGUCUGCCUCCAGCACUGUGCCCCUUCUGUCAGCUGCCAGGGUGCCCGCCCCUAUAGUGAGCGCCACAUCUGCCCCUUCCACGUCCACUGCCCAGUCAUCUCACGUGCUGGCCUUGUCUCAGACAUCGUUGUUGGCCGCUGCCGCAUCAUCUUGUGACCCGGUCUCCUCACAUUCCAUAUUGCUACCUUCUCCCUUCGCCCUGGCAUCCCUGCGGAGCUCUGCACCGGCUACCUCACUUACAUUUACCACCUGCGGUUCUGUCAGUUCAGUAGUCUCUUCUCAGCUCUCGGCCACCUCUUCCCCUGUGUCUGCUGUGGUGACCAAGAUAACCAGGGUGCCCUCUGUAGCAGCUGAUGCCCCGGCUCCGCUGCCAGCUGAGUCCCAGGUCACCUUGCCUUGUGCUUUGGAGCCAGCUGAUGUGUCUCCAUUAGUGGCAUCUCUGCGGCCCGUCAGUUCUGGAUCAUCUCCUCUACCUUGUUUGUCUCUCAGGAUUCCAGCUCCACAGCCCUGUUUGGCUCCAUCUACACCAGCGUCCAUGCCCUCGAUGCCGGCGUCUUCCUUCGAUCCAGCCUCUCUGUUACUGGUCCCUGCUCCAGCCUCCGAUCGGUCAUCUCCCCUCGCGGACUCCACCUCUCUGCUGCCGCCUCCUUUAGCCACCCAGCCCCUGGUUAUCUCGUUUUCUGCUCCCCUGACUUUGACUACUGCUUCCCUUUCCUCGGGGGUUUCUGCACAUUCUCACAUUCCCUUACCCUCUGCCCCGGUGCCCCCUCCCCUGCAUCCCGCGGAUUCACCUAAACCAGUGCCCAUCAUUGCCGCCGAAAGUAGUGUAUCCCCCACUGCCCUCAAAGCAGAUACAAAGUCCACACUGGCCACUCUCCCAGCUAGUGCACAGGAGCCAUUUCUGUCCCUCUCUGUGGCUGACCCACCACCAGUUAGUGUAACCAUAGGCUCCACUGCAGAGUCUGACAUCACAGUGGAAGGAGACCACCUCCGACCAUUGCACCACGAGGUGGUAUCAACGUGUUUGAGACUCCGACGUCAGCUGCCACCUCCCCCUCGGUCUCCAUUCUACUUGGAGCCGCUAGAGGAACGGCGUCGAAAACAGAAAUUGGAGCGACUGGAAAGGAUCUUUCAUCUGAAUGAGAGGAGAAGCAGCUUGGCUCCAGUCUAUGGGACAGAGGUUCUCCGAUUCUGCACCGUGCAGCCCACCGCCCAGCAGACUGAUGCUUUAGGUAGAUGCAGCUUCAGUGCACAGCAGCGCUUGGAGCAGCUGGCGGCCAUCAUCGAGAGGUUUAUAUUUGCUAUGCCUCCUGUGGAGGCCCCACAGAUCACUCUCCACACCUCUCACCCUCCACCCUCUUUGGUCCUGGAAGAGUCCGUCUUCAAAGAUAGACUGUCCUGGGAGCUGACCCCACACACCCGCUGCCUUCAUCGCAUCAUCUCCAAUAUGAGGACCCAGUUUCCUGAUCUUCGCCUCAUACAAUAUGACUGUGGAAAGCUACAAACCAUGGACCGUCUGCUGCGUCAGCUGAAAUCCGGCGGCCACCGUGUUCUCUUAUUCACGCAGAUGACACGAAUGUUAGAUGUCCUGGAGCAGUUCCUGAAUUAUCACGGACAUAUUUAUCUGCGCCUUGAUGGCUCAACACGUGUGGAGCAGAGACAGGUGCUGAUGGAACGGUUUAACAUGGACAAGCGCAUUUUCUGCUUCAUUCUCUCUACCCGCAGUGGAGGGGUAGGAGUGAACCUGACGGGGGCCGACACUGUUAUCUUCUAUGACAGUGACUGGAAUCCCACAAUGGAUGCACAAGCGCAGGACCGCUGUCACCGCAUUGGGCAGACACGGGAUGUGCACAUAUACAGGCUGGUCAGUGAGCGAACGGUUGAAGAAAACAUUCUGAAGAAAGCCCAGCAAAAGCGCUUGUUGGGGGACAUGGCCAUCGAGGGGGGGAACUUCACGACUGCUUACUUCAAACAGCAAUCAAUCAGGGAGCUGUUUGACAUGGAGGAUACAUCUCGGAAAGAAGCUGAAGUGCGCAAUGCAUCCCCAGACCAUAGUACAGAAGAUGGGGCAACAUCUCGGCAAGCGCAUAUACUGGAACAGGCGCUGUGUGGUGCCGAGGACGAAGAGGACACUCUGGCUGCCUCUCUGGUUCGUGCGGAGCAGGUUGCAGAUCUUGCAGAGUUUAAUGAAAACGUUCCUUUGGAUCCAGAAGAAGAAGAACAGAGCCGUGCUGAGCAGGAAAUAUCCGCUCUAGUGGAACAGCUGACGCCAAUUGAGAGGUAUGCCAUGUACUAUCUGGAGGCUUCAUUAGAAGAAAUCAGUAAAGAGGAGCUGAAACAGGCAGAGGAGCAGGUAGAAGCUGCCCGUAAAGACCUUUUUCUUGCUAAAGAUGAGGUAGGACUGAUGACAGAAGAAAAAUGGGAUGAAGAAACCAGGAGAAAUCGGAAAUUGAAGACUCCAGUGCCAAGCAGAACCACGGAACGUGUUGGGGUCCGCAUGAGUGAAAGGCUAAGAGGAAGCAAGCCAGCAGAAAGUGUGGACCAGACAGAGAGCCCAGCCAUUCCAGACAUUGCACCUCCAUCCCUGGAAAAGGAGGUUAUGCAUAGUAGUCUAUCCCCCACACAGAGCAAUCAAGCCACUCCAGAACCAGAUGCUGCCUGUCCAAGCCCAGAGACCACAGUCAUCCAGACACCUACCAUGGACCCACUAUCCACUACGUUGCUUCCUAGUGGUUUGUCUGAGGAGGACACCAUUCCUGAAAAUAAACCUGAGAAGGAAGAUACUGAGGUCCUUGUGACAGAAAAUGUAGCAGAUACAGCCGUGAGGUCCGUGCCGGGCAGCCCCGUGAGGUCCGUGCCGGGCAGCCCCGUGAGGUCCGUGCCGGGCAGCCCCGUGAGGUCCGUGCCGGGCAGCCCCGUGAGGUCCGUGCCGGGCAGCCCCGUGAGGUCCGUGCCGGGCAGCCCCGUGAGGUCCGUGCCGGGCAGCCCCGUGAGGUCCGUGCCGGGCAGCCCCGUGAGGUCCGUGCCGGGCAGCCCCGUGAGGUCCGUGCCGGGCAGCCCCCUGAGGUCCGUGCCGGGCAGCCCCCUGAGGUCCGUGCCGGGCAGCCCCCUGAGGUCCGUGCCGGGCAGCCCCCUGAGGUCCGUGCCGGGCAGCCCCGCGCCACCUCGUAGGAAAGUCUAUGCAGAUUGUGAGAUUACACUUGCUGGGGCUACGGAGGCCUCACCCACCGCAAAAGUGUUGAGACGGCUGCCAGGACGUCUCGUUACUGUGGUACAAGAACGGCUUCCCACACCUCGCCGCCAAAGCAAAGGACGGGUGCAUCAGUCAGGCACUGAAAAUGACUGUCAGAGUCCUGAUAUACCUGGUCCUCAUAGCCCUUUCCAUGAUCGCUUAUCUGAAGAGACUUCUGAGACAGGGAGCCCUCCACCAAAGCGAAAAAGAGGGAGACCCCGAAAAGCAGGAGCAGACAUAUCACCAGUCAGUGUCCCUAUUGAUGUGCCCCCUGUGGACUCCACUCUCCACAUUUCUACGGACCUUGGCACUGCUUCUCAAGGGGGUACAAUGGAUUUGGUAACUAGGUCUGUGGUAGUCCAGACACCCGGCAGUCCAAAUAGUUCCUUUAAGGUAAAUUCUGACAGUGAAAGUGGAUCCCCUAUUGAGAAAAGAAAGAGAGGACGACCCCCUAAAAGGCGCGAAGGGUCUCCUAUUGUUGCCACCCCUUUGUCACCCAAAAGACUAGAAUCGCCUCCCGUUGUUGCUUCAUUGACAUGCCCCAAAGCACACGAAGAGCCCUCAUUUGUUGCUUCGCUGUUAUCCUCUAAUAAAUGUGAAGAACAGUUUGAUGUUACUCCACCUAAAUCUUAUCGCAGAGACUCUGCAUCUGACAUUCAGGAGUUGGACACAAAACAAGCGAAUCGCACUUCGUUAUCUGCCCUCAGAAAACCUGACCACAAACAGAAUGAAUUGUCAUUUACUGGUCCCACUUCUGAUUCCAUCAUUCCCAUUGUAUCUUCCAACAUUCCCAUGGUGCCCGCUGAUGGCACAAGCAGCAGUGGUGUUGAGGAGCCUGUGUCCCCACCAAAGCGUAAACGUGGCCGCCCACCCAAGUCUCGCCCUGUGUUUAAUGUCCACUCCAGUCCUAUGUUACUUGACGUGUUAGACAGUUCUCCAGAAAGAUCUCCCAGUCCCCAAGUCACAAGGACUUCUCUACAGAGGAAAUGCAAACCACUUAUUGCAGAAACCCUGGAAAUGAAGGAGCAGAACUCCUCCUCCCUUGGAGACACCAAUGACUCCUCUGAUGAGGAGGUCACUGUUAGGUUGCCGCUGACGCGUAGUGCCAGGACUAGACUACCGACCACAAGCCAGAUGCCUACUGCAGUUUUACAGACUUCUGCCGUAUCUUCCAAAUCCCCCCGUGGACGGUCUCCCCGCCCUGCUCCUUUCCAGGAAAACCCCCCCACUAAAAAACGGAAGCCUCCUAGUGUGAGUUCUCCCAGCCCAUCGUCGUCCUCUCCACAUGGCAGCUCCAGUGAGAGCAAGAAGCGCCCUUGUCCCCCUGCAGAACGUGUUCUGCGUAGCUCCCUUACUGCCAACCCUGCCAGUAAUACUCGCUCAUCACGUUCCCCUCUCCUUAAUUCCCCCAAUAGCCACAGAGGCAGAAAGGCCAAAACGUGAGGCAAUGCACUUGGGAGUGACAGUGCGUUUCUUUUGGUGAGAAGCCUCCGUGGCAAAUAAUUUGGGCAACAGGAGAUGGGGCCCCAGUGAUUGACCCCCACACACCCAGUUUGAGUGGUGGCUGUGUAACUGCAGCCCUGAUGCUGAGAAUCACAAUCUAUGCAAGAGGACGGGACUUCAUUUCAUUGCAGUGGAUCAGGCACUUUGUUCGCCCCCCCGUGCUCUGGUUUGUCAGGCCCUGUAGUAUUAGGUGUCACGGCAGCUCGGUGUUGAAGCUCUGGACUUGUUUCUACAGAAGUUUCUGUAUUUCUUUCAUGAAAAUAAAGUGUUGAGUAAAGUG